GGAAACAGAUAACACCUUAACCAAAGUUCAUAAAUCCAAAUUCUCAUCAACUAAUUUAAGUUUACUAAAUAACAUACGAGUUUAAAAAUCCACAUUUCGAAAUCAAAGCACAUAAAUGUGAAAUGCUUACUUUGAUUUUUGAGUGGGCUGAUAGUAUAGAUAUUGGAGGUGUGUUGCAUGGCUAAGAGAAUCAAGUCCAAACUUGCCAAGUAUUGGUUUGAAGAAGAGUUGGAGAAUUCCAAGAUGAAUUGGUUGUGCUAUAUGGCAGUCAUAUUAGAUCCUAAGUGCAAAUUUAAAUAUCUUGAAGAAGCUUUGAAGAAGCUAUAUGGCGAAAGCAGGGGAAAACUCUGGCUGAAGAGAUGAAAGAUGAAAUGCAUGUUCUGUUUGACCAUUACAAGCAUAGGCUCGAACUUCAUUGUACUUCUCCAAUUGUGAUUCAAGAAGAUGAGCAAGAACCUAGUAGAAGUGGGGAUGGGAAGAAGAAAUGGAAGUUUUGGGAUGAUUUCAGGAAAAAGAAAAGAGAGGCCAUUCGGAAAGGAACUAGAAAAGUUCCAAAUCUGAGUUUGAUAGGUACCUUAAGGAGGAGGAGAAUGACGAGGAGCUUACACGAGAAAUGGUGGGUUCUGAAGAUGAUGAGUACAAGUUUGACAUCUUGGGAUGGUCGUCGCGAAGUGGGAUGAAAUAUCCUAUUAUUUCUGAGAUAGCUACGGAUAUUCUCGCUGUUCCUAUUUCCACUGUUGCUUCUAAGUCGGCAUUCAGCACAGGAGGUCGAGUUUUAGUUUUGUUUCGGACCUCAUUAUCCCCUGAAGUUGUGGAGGCUUUGAUUUGUUGUGAAGAUUGGAUAAGAUCUUCUGACUCUGAGUUGGUGGCUGAUGGAGAAGAUGAGGGUGAUGGAAAAAGAAAAGAGAGGCCAUUCGGAAAGGAACUAGAAAAAGUUCCAAAUCUGAGUUUGAUAGGUACCUUAAGGAGGAGGAGGAUGACGAGGAGCUUACACGAGAAAUGGUGGGUUCUGAAGAUGAUGAGUACAAGUUUGACAUCUUGGGAUGGUGGUCGCGAAGUGGGAUGAAAUUUCCUAUUAUUUCUGAGAUAGCUACGGAUAUUCUCGAUGUUCCUAUUUCCACUAUUGCUUCUAAGUCACCAUUCAGCACAUGAAGUCAAGUUUUAGAUUUGUUUAGGACCUCUUUAUCCCCUGAAGUUGUGGAGGCUUUGAUUUGUUGUGAAGAUUGGAUAAGAUCUUCCGACUCUAAGUUGGUGGCUGAUGGAGAAGAUGAGGGUGAUGAAGUGGUAUUUCAAAAUGGUGAGGACUUAAUCUUUCUCUUUAUUCUUAUAUUUGCUAUCUUAAUCAAAUCAUAUUCUAACAAGUUUUUAUUGUUUAUGUUAUCCAGUAUUUGCGGUUUUUCAAGAUCAAAGUGCAAGUGCACCUGCAGGACCUAGUAGAACUGUGGAAGCUCUCAUUCUACCCAUGGCUUGAUCCCGAGUGCUACUAGGUCACCUGCUGAACAAGACUAUUUUGAUAACUCUUCUGAUGGGAAUGAUGAUAAUUAUGUCUAUGUAGAGUUUGAUGAGGCUGAGUGAUAAUGGUAGUAGUGUUUAUCUUGUUAAUGAUGGAUGAAUUUAGAUUUUACUUAGACGUUACCAUUUGAGAAUUAUAAAACUAAAGUGUUUAA